GUUCCAGCGCGAGGGGCGGGCGCAGGCGCUGUGGGGGUGUCGAGCCGAGCCGAGCCGGGCAAAGCCGCCCUACGCUGCGCUGUCCUGCCCCGGCCCGGCCGCAGCAUGGUGCCCGCGCGGCGGGUCAAGACCGAGUACAUGAAGCGCUACAAGGAGCCCAAGUGGGAGUCGUGCGGCGCCUGCUACCUGGAGCUGCUGCGCUACCGCCUCAGCCGUCGCCUCCUGGAGCAGGCGCACCGGCCCUGGCUCUGGGACGGCUGGGAGCAGGGCAGCGCCGGCUCCGGCUCUGGCUCUGGCUCUGGCUCUGGCUCCGGCUCCCCAUCGCCGCCCGGCUCCGCCAGUCCCCCGCAGCAGCAGCAGGAGGCAGCGGAGAGGAGCAGCCCGGCGGAGCCCCCGCGCGGGGAAGAAAAAGAAGCAGAGGGAGAAAAUCAAGAGAAAGCUGUAGAACAGACUGCUAUAAAAGAAACUGAUAAAUCGACCAGGCGUGCAGGCCAGCGUCCAAGUCGAAGUGCCUUGUCCAGUCGUGAUGAUCGAAAAUCAAUUAAAAGUCCUCAAAGGACAGAAGCGCCAAAGGAGAAUAAACAUCCAUUUGCUUUAUAUGGCUGGGGAGAAAAGCAGACGGAUACAGGAAGCCAGAAAACUCACAAUGUCUGUGCAUCUGCCUCUGUACAUGAAAUUCAUGAGUCUGCACUACGAGCAAAGAACAGAAGGCAAAUGGAGAAGCGGAAGCUGUCUCAGAGGCGAGUGCGCUCUGCAGAUGUGGAGAAAACCUGGAGAACAAAAUCAUCCCCACCAGAUAAUCCUUGGAUGACAGAGUACAUGAGAUGCUACUCGGCAAGAGCUCGGUGAAUCAAAAAACAUCCUGGGACAUUUACAAAAAAAAAUUAAAUCAGGAUAUUGGUGCAAAGAACCAAACUA